GAGGAGGAGGAGGGAAGGAAGGAAGGGGGAGAAAAAGAAAAGAAAAGAAAAUCGGAGCUGGAAAUGUCCCGAAGGAAGCAAGCCAAGCCGCGCUCGGUGAAAGUUGAAGAAGGCGAGUCAUCGGACUUUACACUGAACUGGGACUCAUCCGUGACCCAAUCAGGGGGCCUGGGCGGAGAACUGGAGAAUGAUACCAGGGAGAGCCGGGCUUUGGAAGAGAGGAACAGCAUUACAAGUCAGGAAGAGCGCAAUGAGGAUGAUGAAGACAUGGAGGACGAGUCAAUUUACACCUGCGAUAACUGUCAGCAGGACUUCGAUUCGCUGGCAGACCUGACCGAACACAGGGCGACCAACUGUCCUGGAGAUGGCGACGACGACCCACAACUCUCCUGGGUGGCUUCCUCUCCCUCCAGCAAAGACGUUGCAUCACCCACUCAGAUGAUCGGCGAUGGGUGUGAUCUCGGCAUUGGGGAGGAGGAAGGGGGGACCGGCCUGCCCUAUCCCUGUCAGUUUUGCGAUAAGUCCUUCAUUCGCCUGAGCUACCUUAAAAGGCACGAGCAGAUCCACAGUGACAAGCUACCUUUCAAAUGCACCUACUGCAGCCGGCUUUUCAAGCACAAGAGGAGCCGAGACCGGCAUAUCAAGCUGCACACGGGGGACAAGAAGUACCAUUGCCACGAGUGCGAGGCGGCCUUCUCUCGCAGCGACCACCUCAAGAUCCACUUGAAGACGCACAGCUCCAGCAAGCCCUUCAAGUGCACCAUCUGCAAGCGAGGCUUCUCCUCCACCAGCUCGCUUCAGAGCCACAUGCAGGCCCACAAGAAGAACAAGGAGCACCUGGCCAAGAGCGAGAAGGAGGCCAAGAAGGACGACUACAUGUGCGACUAUUGCGAGGAGACCUUCAGCCAGACCGAAGAGCUGGAGAAGCAUGUCAUGACGCGCCACCCGCAGCUUUCCGAGAAGGCGGACUUGCAGUGUAUCCAUUGCCCUGAAGUAUUUGCUGACGAAAACGCCCUCCUUUCCCACAUCCACCAAGCUCAUGCCAACAAAAAACACAAGUGCCCAAUGUGCCCGGAGCAGUUCUCUUCGGUGGAGGAUGUCUAUUGCCACUUGGACAGCCAUCGGCAGCCUGACUCCAGCAACCACAGUAUCAGUCCUGACCCUGUCCUGGGUAGUGUGGCCUCCAUGAGCAGCGCCACUCCCGAUUCUAGUGCAUCCGUGGAGCGAGGCUCCACUCCCGACUCGACUUUGAAGCCAUUGAGAGGGCAAAAGAAGAUGAGGUCCCUGGAGAGAGAAGAGGGCCAGACCUGGUCUAAGGUGGCUUACAGCUGCCCUUACUGCACCAAGCGUGACUUCAACAGCCUUGCGGUCCUGGAGAUCCACCUGAAGACCAUCCAUGCUGACAAACCUCAGCAAAGCCACACGUGCCAGAUUUGCCUCGAAUGCAUGCCCACCCUGUACAACCUGAACGAACACGUGAGAAAGGUACAUAAAAACCAUGCCUACCCCAUGAUGCAGUUCAGCAACAUUUCAGGCUUCCAUUGCAAUUACUGCCCAGAGAUGUUUGCAGAUAUCAACAGCCUGCAGGAACAUAUCCGCAUUGCUCACUGUGGGCCAGGAGCCACCACUCAAGAUGGUAACAACGCCUUCUUUUGCAACCAGUGCUCCAUGGGCUUUCUGACAGAAGCCUCUUUGACCGAACACAUCCAGCAAACCCACUGCAACCUGGGGAACUCAAAAUUGGAUUCCCCCGUUGUCCAGCCUUCGCAAUCUUUCAUGGAGGUUUACUCCUGUCCCUACUGCACAAACUCGCCCAUUUUUGGCUCCAUCCUUAAGCUCACCAAACAUAUUAAGGAGAACCACAAGAACAUCCCGCUGGCCCACAAUAAGAAGUCGAAAGGCGACCAGAGCCCAGUUUCGUCUGAUGUCGAGGUUUCCUCCCCCAAAAGGCAACGGCUUUCGGCCAGCGCCAAUUCUGUUUCGAAUGGAGAAUACCCGUGUAAUCAGUGUGAGCUGAAGUUCUCCAACUUUGAAAGCUUCCAGACGCAUUUGAAGUUGCAUUUGGAGUUGUUGCUGAGGAAGCAGUCCUGCCCUCAGUGCAAGGAAGACUUUGAUUCCCAGGAGUCGCUCCUGCAGCACCUCACUGUCCAUUACAUGACAACCUCGACCCAUUACGUAUGUGAGAGUUGCGACAAGCAGUUUUCAUCGGUCGAUGACCUGCAGAAGCAUUUGCUGGACAUGCACACGUUCGUAUUGUAUCACUGCACCCUUUGCCAAGAGGUCUUCGACUCUAAGGUAUCGAUCCAAGUGCAUCUGGCGGUGAAGCACAGCAAUGAGAAAAAGAUGUACCGGUGUACGGCCUGCAACUGGGAUUUUCGGAAGGAGGCGGAUCUUCAGAUCCACGUGAAGCAUAGCCACCUGGGUAACCCUGCCAAGUCUCACAAGUGCAUCUUCUGCGGAGAGACGUUUAGCACGGAGGUGGAGCUGCAGUGCCACAUCACAACUCACAGCAAAAAGUACAACUGCAAGUUCUGCAGCAAAGCGUUCCAUGCCAUCAUCUUGCUGGAGAAGCAUUUGCGGGAGAAGCACUGCGUCUUUGACGCGGGCACUGAGAAUGGUACUGCUAAUGGCAUGACCCCGGCCACGAAGAAAGCAGACUCGGCAGAUAUCCAGAACAUGUUGAUGAAGAACCCGGAUACCUCCAACAGCCAUGAAGCUAGCGAGGAUGAUGUCGAUGCUUCUGAGCCCAUGUACGGGUGUGACAUCUGCGGGGCGGCUUAUACAAUGGAGGUCCUUUUGCAGAACCAUCGUUUGAGGGACCAUAACAUCAGGCCAGGGGAGGAUGAUUGUUCCAGGAAGAAAGCAGAGUUCAUCAAAGGGAGCCACAAGUGUAACAUCUGCUCAAGGACCUUUUUCUCAGAGAAUGGCCUCCGGGAACACAUGCAGACUCACCGAGGCCCAGCAAAACAUUAUAUGUGCCCCAUAUGUGGGGAACGGUUCCCAUCCCUAUUGACCCUGACGGAGCACAAAGUAACCCACAGCAAGAGCUUGGACACAGGAACGUGCCGGAUCUGCAAAAUGCCACUCCAAAGCGAGGAGGAAUUCAUUGAGCACUGCCAAAUGCACCCUGACCUUAGGAAUUCCCUCACCGGGUUUCGCUGCGUUGUCUGCAUGCAGACCGUCACCUCGACGCUUGAGCUGAAGAUCCAUGGAACAUUCCAUAUGCAGAAAUUAGCUGGGAACUCUGCUACAUCCUCCCCCAAUGGCCAGGCCUUGCAGAAACUCUACAAGUGUGCACUGUGCUUGAAGGACUUCAGAAACAAGCAAGACUUGGUGAAGCUCGAUGUCAACGGUCUGCCCUAUGGCCUGUGUGCUGGAUGCAUGACUAGGAGCACCAACGGGCAGUCCUUGGGCAUGGCCACGCCGGAAGUUAGUGAAAGACCAUGCGGGAGCCUGAGGUGCCCGGAGUGUAGUGUCAAAUUUGAAAGUGCCGACGACUUAGAGAAUCACCUCCAGCUGGACCAUCAAGACUUGACGCCUGAGACUAGUGGCCAAAAGAAGGGUACCCAGACCUCCCCUGUUCCCAGAAAAAAGACCUAUCAGUGCAUCAAGUGUCAGAUGACCUUUGAGAAUGAGAGAGAGAUACAGAUCCAUGUCGCAAAUCAUAUGAUUGGUGCGGCCCCAGCCCCCAAUGGUGAGGUCUUGCAUUCUUUUCCAGCUCCCGGAUUACUGGAGAGGAGGAGUAUGAAAAAUGCUAUUACAG